AUGGUAUUCAAUUGUCAAGAAUUGACAAAAAAUUUUUUGGUAGAACCAUAUCGAGAAGAAAGAAGAAUUCGUCUCGGCCGUUCAAAAUUUCUUGAUAUUUUUUUCUACAGCGGAGUUUAUGAUUAUCAGCGAUUAAGGGUCAUUAUCAACUUACCAACUGGAUUUCUUAUAUCCGCCUUACUUUAUAAAUUCGCUUGGCAUCGAAUCAACUUUUUAGACUUUAAUCCGAUUGCAGAACAGAUUUUAAAAUGGAUAGUAAUUGUAGCUUGUGCAAUUGCAUUUGCAGGCAGCCCGCUCUUUCGAUGCGCAAUUAUUUGUGUAUUAUUUGGUGCGUUAGGCAAAAAUGGCCAAAAUCUAUUAACAGUUAUUGUCAUUAACAAUUUGAGCUAUGGGCCUGUAGAAAAUAUCGUGCAGAAUUUCAAAGUUAGCACAAAUAUGAUAACUUGUCAUAUCAAGCAGAAGGAAGAUAUGAUGGCGCAACGAGUUAUUUUGUCUACUGGUCCAAUUGAGGCAUUCAUGGCUGAACAUUUUGGUAAAAUCCAAAAUUCAUGCUUUUUUCCCGCGACAUCGCGAGAAUACAAUUUCAGAAACAUGCAAAAACAAAUGUUAUUCAAUUUUGUGGUUUCUACCACUGUUCAGAGCGAAAAUUUGCGAUCAGUUCGACACUCUUCUGAUCUGUCAAGUCUCUACAAAGGUUCUGAACAUCUUUACACUUUAUUAAACGUUACUGAAGCAAUUUCAUUUUGUGAUCAGAUGACCAAUCAAGUCAUUUCACGCACUAAAAAUUUGGAUAGUGACCUCACAGAUGCAUACAACUUGUCCGAAAGCGUGAUGGAUCACUUGCGUGUUAAUUUACAUUACAAAGCGGUUGUUGAACCUCAAAUUGUUCGAGUUUACAGUAUUAAGGAAGUACAGUAUAAAAUAGCUCAGAAUUUUCAUUUGCUCAAGAACUAUCUAAAUAAUAUCGAUUUUAACAAUGUUUUCUUGACUCCUUAUUUUUGGCACAUCGAUGAAAAGCGUCGAAAUGACGGCCAAAUAUUUUUGUAUCCUUUAAGUAAAGCUGAAAUACAAGCCAAUAAACUAAUGACGCCAUUUUCACCUCCAACGAAGACAGAAAUUGGCACCUCCUGGCUACCUCUUGCCAAGUUCAUCUUCUUAUUUAUCAUUUCUUGCUUUGUCACAUUCAUUGACUUCGUUUUCUACAAAAUCAUUUAUAGCAUUUCAAAGUAUACGGAAAAAGAUAUAGUCACCGAAAGUCAGCAAUUUUUCAGUUUUAAAUUUCUGAUUCUCGUAAACUUUAAUCUUAAUUUUGUUUGCAAUCAGAUUGAUGGAACAGGAUUUAUUGCUGACUUAGUGAAAGACUUACUGGAAUUCGAUUAUGCGAAGCACGCAAAUAUGACGAUAUCUCUCGAAGAAUGUAAAUACAAUCCGGUUUCACCGGACUGGGUGUACGCUGGAAAGUAUAUCUUUUUCCCACUCGGAAUUAUGUUUUUACUUCAGGUCAUUUUCGGUUACGUUAUUAAACGCUUGACACUUUUUUAUGUUAUUGGAAAUAUUUUCCGCAAGCGUUGCAAAGCACGUAUUAUUCAUCUUUAUAAUAAAAUGUUGUUUGUGCGCAUAAAUGGUCGUAAAUUAGCACGUGCACGUAUACGUUUCCAAGUACAACGAAGAAUUUUACAUCGAGAAUAUAUUGAGCAAAAAAGGCAAGCAAAAUUUUAUUUAUGUUGAAU